GUGUCCCCGGCCUCGGAGUCUCCCUUCUCUGAGGAAGAGAGCAGAGAGUUCAACCCCAGCAGCUCUGGGCGCUCAGCGAGGACCAUUAGCAGCAACAGCUUCUGCUCAGAUGACACAGGCUGUCCUAGUAGCCAGUCAGUGUCUCCUGUGAAAACGCCCUCGGAUUCUGGAAAUAGUCCUGUUGGCUUUCGCCCUGGGAGUGAUGAAGACUUUACUCGAAAGAAAUGCACAAUUGGCAUGGUUGGUGAGGGAAGCAUCCAGUCAGCUCGAUACAAGAAGGAACCAAAGGCGGGCCUUGUAAAGCCAGGUAGUGAAGCUGAUUUUAGCUCCUCCAGCAGCACUGGCAGCAUUUCCGCUCCUGAGGUCCACAUGUCUGCUGCGGGAAGCAAGCGGCCCUCUUUUUCACGCAACCGAGGUCCCCAUGGGCGAAGUAGUGGAGCUUCCUCGCACACGUCUGGCAACAGCCCGCCGUCCCCGCGAGAAAAGGACCUUCUGUCCAUGCUGUGCAGGAAUCAGCUGAGCCCCAUUGCCCUUCAUCCCAGUUAUGCGCCUUCCUCCCCGAGUAGUAGCAACUCCGGCUCCUACAAAGGAAGUGACUGCAGCCCAAUCAUGAGGCGGUCUGGAAGGUACAUGUCCUGCGGUGAAAAUCAUGGCGUCAAACCCCCAAACCCAGAGCAGUAUUUGACUCCUUUGCAGCAGAAAGAAGUAACAGUGAGACACCUGAAGACCAAGCUGAAAGAGUCUGAGCGCCGACUCCAUGAGAGGGAGACGGAAAUUGUGGAGCUUAAGUCACAGCUGGCCCGCAUGAGAGAAGACUGGAUUGAAGAAGAGUGCCACCGGGUGGAGGCCCAGCUGGCCCUCAAGGAAGCCAGGAAGGAGAUUAAACAGCUCAAGCAGGUGAUCGAAACUAUGAGGAACAGCUUGGCUGAUAAGGAUAAAGGCAUUCAGAAGUACUUUGUGGACAUAAAUAUUCAAAACAAGAAGUUGGAGUCACUGCUUCAGAGCAUGGAGAUGGCGCACAAUGGCUCUCUGAGGGAUGAACUGUGUCUGGACUUUCCAUGUGAGUCCCCAGAGAAGAGCUUCACCCGAAAUACCCCGUUUGGCAAGAUGGCAGAUGGGCUGUCUCUGGAAGAGCAGGUCCCAGAGGAAGGGGCCGACAGCGAGCUGCUGGUGGGAGAGAGCAUGGCCGACGGCACCGAUUUGUUGGAUGAGAUGGUGACAGCCACCACCGCAGAGGCUGGCGACCUGGCGCUUCUUCAUUCCACCCUUGGGGCAGAGGUGUUUGAGACCCUCCCCAUGGCGGUGGGCCGGGAGGAGGGCGGGGUGGUGGUGGAGCAAGCCGUGCAGACCGACGUGGUGCCCUACAGCCCUGCAGUCUCGGAGCUCAUCCAGUACGUGCUCAAGCUCCAGGAGGCCUGGCCCUCCAGCUCCGCAUCCCCGGAGGAGUCUGUGGCCGACUCCACAGAAAGCUUCCCAGAGUCCAUCUCUGCAUUCCUGGUGGAUUUAACUCCAAGGAAUCCAAACUCAGCCAUCCUUUUGUCUCCCGUGGAGACACCACACAUCACGGUGGGCACGGAAGCUCAUGCAAACCGCCUCAUGCGAGAGCUGGAUUUUGCAGGCUCCACAGAAGAAAGAUGGGACGCCAUCAUCCCGUUGGCCCCGGGGGCCGUGGGGAGACAGUACUGGAGCAGCAGUUUCCUGGUGGAUCUCCUGGCCGUGGCUGCCCCCAUGGUCCCCACUGUUCUGUGGGCAUUCAGUACUCAGAGAGGGGGGACGGAUCCUGUCUACAACAUCGGAGCCUUGCUCCGGGGCUGCUGUGUGGUGGCCCUGCAUUCUCUCCGCCGCACCGCCUUUCAUAUCAAAACCUAGAUACGAAGUGAUUGUUUCCGUGUGCCAUUCUGUCCCGUGUGGCGUUGUGUUAGGUGGAGAAGCAGCAGGUCGACCUGGGACAGUGUCUGUUCUGUCGUGUUGCUCCUCGGUAUUGGAUUUGCACUAUAUUUAGUUGAAGCCUGUUCACUGUUGAGAACUGGAGGUAUCUUCAAAGGCAUGGAGACCUGGUUCAAGUCGAUGUCCCACCAGUGUGGUGUAGAAAGCAUGCUCAUGACCCUGCCGUGUCGUCUGAGGUGCCCGUUCUUAGCCUAGUGGUUCAGGAAGAGAAAAUGCAAAGUUUGCACUAUCAAGACAGCUUCUGUAAGGCUGGCAUGUUAUCUCCUUGCUUUGCUUUGUGCCGUUUUAAAAUGUGUGAUUGUUCCAGCAUUCCAAUGGUCUUGUGCAUAGCAGGGGACUGUAACCAAAAAUAAACGUGUAUUUGUGUAAUUGGUUUGAAGACGUCUUGACUAGUUCUUUAGUGUCUUACUUGGGGGUGAUACGGUUUGAGUGUUUGCAGUUUUUUACUAAAUGUAGCUCCAAAGUCCUUAAAAUGGCCCGUUUGUUCUUAAACCUGUUAAUUGAUGAAACUGUAUGUAAGUUUACAAUGUAUUAACUUAUUUUUUGCUUAUUAUAUAUAGUGUUUUAUUGGAAAUUGUUUGUAACCACCCACUUCAGCAUGAUGAAAAUAAAGAUUAGUGUUUCCAGUUAAAUAAAUGUUUUAUCCUCCUAUAAAAUAAU